GGCCAUGGUGUUCUCCGCCGUCGCCGAAGCCCAGCAGCAGGAGCAACAGCCGCAAUGCCACGAACAAUUGGUGUACCAAGAUUACCACCACCUUCAACAACUACCCCAGUCCACCUACGACCCGCAGUCCCACGCGCACGAAGCUUACUACACUUACCACUACGACUACGACCCCUCCUCCGCCGCCGCCGCCGCCGCAGCCUACCACCACCACCACUACAACUCCCAUUAUUACCCCCACGACUACUCCUCUGCCACCGCCUACCUCCCGCCUUCCCUGCCGGCGCUGGCCUAUCCCGACCUUGCCUCCACCGUCGCAGCGGCAGCAGCACCGUCCCAUGACCCCUCCCAGCACAACCACGACCAGGCUGCCCAUGCGAACCCGCCGCUGCACGAACAGCCGGCGGGGCCGUCGUCCUCGGGGUACCACGUGGCCCCGGAGCCCAACCCCUCGGCGGCCGCGGCCGUGACCGCAUUUUCGCAGCUCACGCAGUUCGCCGGGACCAUGGAGGCUGCGGAGCGAGCAAUGGCCGGGAAGCAGGAGCGGCGGUGGCACCCCAAGGGCGGGCCACAGCUGUCGAUGGCGCAACAUCGUCGCCAACGUCGGCCUCGACACCACCAGCCGAGCGGCUACCACAGGGAAGUCUGGGUGCGUCCAGGGGUCGCUGAUGGCGGCACAUCUUCAUACAAAGGUGGAAGUAGAAGAGGUUGCGAGCCUUUUAUUGGUGGUGCUGUCAGAGGCAAUUCCAGUUAUCACCCUUCCAAGUAUGACAAUAGUGUCCGUUCCUUCCGCGGUAGAGGUCGAGGUCGAGUAGGUAAUGGUGGUGGUAGGCGAUACUAUCGGUCUGUUCCUGAAAGACAACUUCUUGAUUCUGCACCUGCACCAAUUAUGGAAUCAUCAUCAGUUGCAGAGCCAGGGAUAGCAUCAGGGCAGACACCAUUAAAGGUAACAGCACUGGCCACAGAGACAACACAAAUGUUACCAUGGCAACCUCUCCUCCUGCUUGCUUGGUGCGAUGUUUGUAGGGUGGACUGCAAUAGUUUUCAAAACUUAGAACAGCACAAGAAUGGAAAGCGACAUAAGAAGACAGUGCAAAGAAUUCAAGAGAUCGAAGCUCAGAGGAAAGUCAUGGCAGAAUUAGAGGCAAAGGUUGCUUCGAAGCCAGAAAUAGACCUUCAAAUCCAGCAAGCAAUCGAAGUAGCGAAUGCUGGAUCAGAUAAUGUGCCAUCUGCGAUGUUGCCUUAUCAAAUCCAUGAAGCUACCAAAGUGAUCGACGCAAAAGCGGCAACCACAAUCUUCUCUUCUCAGGAUAGAAAAGUAAACAAAAGCUCUGAUACACCAGAAAUUGUCAUUCCUGCUCAAGUUAAAGAAGCAAACCAAGUCUCUACCGCAUCAGAAAAUUUGCGGGCAAAGACCAUGCUAACAAAUCACAACAUGGAAUCUGAAAUCCAAGUCCUUGUUUUAUCAGGGAAAUCUGAGUCUUCAAAGGAGGAGGAAGCCAGAGGUGAGGCACCGAUGUUUGAUGAACAAGAAAUCAUGGCAUCAUCUAUCGAGGGACGAACAAGGAGACCAAGAACGGAUGCUUUUGACAGGUAUGACAAGAGGUAUGGCCAAAAGUGGAAGACGAUGAGGUUUGGACAUGAUGGAAAGCGGUCGAGAAGACCUGAACCAGUCCGAAGCCGGCCUCUGAUGCACCCCAAGGAACAGCCCAGGGUCUGCACACUCUGCAACGUAAUGUGUGAUACGCUAGCGGUGUUCAAGUGUCAUCUGUCUGGUAAGAAACAUAUUUCUCGGAUCAAGAGGUUCCAAGGUCAACAUUCUGUUUAUGGGCAAAUCAGCCUCUACAUUCCUCCCAACCAGCCAUCAGCUUAUCCACCUCAAGCUCCACAGCCAUUGUUUUAUGGCCUCAAGUGUCAUGAGCUGCUGCAGCAUGCGGUGUAUGAGCUAGGUGCUGUUCAAAUGGAAGGUUAUGGACUUCAGCAAGGUGAUCAAGCCGAACAAGGUAAAACAGCUGAUGAUACAGCUCUGGAGUCUCAAACUGAGCAGGCCUCGGAACAACCUGAAUAUAAAUGUUCCUCGUCUAGGUUUGAGGAGGCCACCAGCAUGGGCACUGCAGGUACAGAACAUAAUUCUGCUUUUGCCGAUUCUGAAGACUUAAUUGCUGUUUCGGAAUCCGGAGUAUCUCUUGAUGAUAAGCCUCUUCUGCCAAAAAUUGAUGUCAAAAGUUGAGUCCAGCGCUGAGAAUGAAUACCUUGCAGCUUGAUCAAUGUGGCAUUCAAGUCUUCUCAAUUAUCCGACUAUUAUUGUCUGUUUGACACAUUAAAAUUGUACCUUAGCUUCUCCUCCUCUUCCUCCUCACCAUAUGUAGAGACCUGAAGGUUCAACAAAAGCAGGAUCAUGGUUCUUUGAUCAUGGCUGUCAUCUCUUCCUCCAAUUUGUUAUGGUGAAGUCUCUUAUUUCAGUUCGCUUGUGCAUUUA